GAAAGUGUCCUAUAGUGUGACGGCUGGGGGAGGGUGGAAAGCAAACUGCCCUGUAUUGGACGUGUUUAUUUACUCUCGCUUAAUUUAAAACACGUUUAAUGUCGUUAAAUCGAGGCCACGUGGCUAAGCUUCAUACAAUCGCGAGAGAUCAUCGAGUGGAGCUGACUGUCGUUAAUCGCAAGAGUGAUUAAUCGGGUUUGUGGACGAGUUCAGCUUGUUUGGCUAUUGAACAACAGCGUUUGAGAUACAAACGAGCCACAGCGUGUGCUCAAAACCUUGAAAGUUCGUUUGCGAGGUGAUUGGUACUCUUUCCCAAACCCUGACGAGUAUUCCGAUACUCGUACCCCUAUCGCUUGUUUUCGGAUAUGGCUCAGCGUGGACCGCAUCAUGUUGCGAGUUCUCAAAAAGCUUUAAUGUUGGAGCUGAAAAGUCUACAGGACGAACCGGUCGAGGGAUUCAAGAUAACUUUAGUCGACGAGUCGGACUUGUACAAUUGGGAAGUUGCGAUUUUCGGACCCCCCAACACGCAUUAUGAAGGUGGUUAUUUUAAGGCACGCAUCAGAUUCCCCAUUGACUACCCAUACUCGCCCCCUGCUUUCAGAUUCCUCACCAAGAUGUGGCAUCCCAACAUUUAUGAGAAUGGAGAUGUGUGUAUAUCCAUAUUGCACCCGCCAGUAGAUGAUCCACAAAGUGGAGAACUGCCAUCAGAAAGGUGGAACCCUACGCAGAACGUCAGGACCAUCUUGCUGAGCGUUAUCUCACUGCUGAACGAACCCAACACAUUUUCACCGGCCAACGUGGACGCCUCAGUCAUGUAUCGCAAAUGGAGGGACAGUAAAGGAAAAGAUCGAGAGUAUGCAGAAAUCAUCAGGAAGCAGGUACAAGCAACCAAAGCAGAAGCAGAGCGGGACGGUGUCAAGGUUCCAACCACUCUGGCAGAAUACUGCGUUCGUACCCGCGCCCCACCUACCGAUGAACCUACCCUAUUCUACGAUGACUAUUAUGAUGAUGAUGACUUGGAUGAGGAGGAUGAUGAUGAUGAACAUGAGGAAGGUGAGGACUGUUGCUAUGAUGAAGACGACUCCGGGACAGAAGAAUCAUGAUGACCGGAACUUUCCAAAUGAACUGAAUUUCUCACUCCCCGUGGUUCCCCGUUUUAAAUCAUCAAUUCAAAAAAGGAAUAUUUUUUUCCGGUUGUUUUCGUCUCGGACGUCUGAGGAUCCUUUUACCUAAGAUCACUGACUGAGCAGACAGUGUUGUGCUGACUUGAGAUUUUGUGACUUUUUGCUGAGGUUAUCGAUCCAAAUGAACUUUUGCUGUGAACUCCUAAACCGAGAUGUUUUUGCUUUUAUUUUGGAUUUUGUCUCUCUUUUUGGGGUGCAGGUGGGGUUCAGCCGAUGAAUGCUAGAGUCAGUGUAUCCUACUUUAUUUAGAAACAACUUGCCUCUCCAAGGCACCUGAUCUCAGGUUUUCAAUGUCUGUGAAUAACCGUUGGUGUCUAAGGUGGAGAAAAGUAGCUUGUACACAUUCUCAGGGCUAAAUCGCAUCUUUUUCGGCUUCUGAAGAUGCUCCUCAUUUAAACGUUUCCCACGUUCUCCACAGUAGAGGAACUCAUCCAAGCGUUUAAUACACAGUUGAUGCAUUACAUAAAGCUCACAGCAUUAAGCUCUUUCCUCUCACAGAAUCUUUAAAUGAGUUUCUUUUAUUCACAAACCUCGAUUUUCAUUUCGUCCUGUUUUUAUAGGGUAGAGUUGUGGAUUUUCUGUAAUUAACCGCUUAAUUUACGUUUAGGGUAUUUUAGAUUUUGUUCUUUAUUUUAAGCUUUGUGGUGACUAAUAUAUUAAAGCUCACAACCUGCUCAGGAAAAUAAAGACAGUUUGAGAAAUUGGUAUGCUUAUGGCCGAGCCUUUGAGCUCAGCAGACUCUUUAAACCCUUUCAUCGGAUUCAUAUGCACACAGGGGUAUUUGGGUCUCUUUUUCUUGUUUGUAUUUUCAUUUUCUUUUUUGUUAUUCUUUGUAAAUCUAUUUAAGUCUGAAUAAAGAUCUUUAUUAGGA